GAGGGAGGAGAUGGAGGUGAGAGGGCAAGAGAGAAGCCGAAGCCUCAAUGAUGAGAGAAGAAAAGGAGGGCUUAAGACGUUGCCUUUCAUCUUUGCUAACGAGGUCUCUGAGAAGCUGGCGGUGGUCGGGUUCUCGGCAAACAUGAUAAGUUACUUAACUCAGCAGCUUCAUAUGCCACUCACCAAAGCAGCCAAUACCUUGACAAACUUCAGCGGCACCGCAAGCUUGACGCCGCUGCUCGGAGCCUUCCUCGCCGACGCCUUCGUCGGCCGGUUUUGGACCAUCGCCGUCGCCUCCAUCGUCUACCAGAUCGGAAUGAUAACCUUAACGAUCUCGGCGGCCCUUCCGCUAUUUAGACCCCCACAAUGUACUGGCGAUCACAACUGUGAGGAGGCGUCGGCGUGGCAGCUCGCGGUGCUGUACGUGGCGCUGCUGCUGAACGCGAUCGGCGCUGGAGGAAUCCGGCCAUGCGUGGUGGCCUUCGGCGCGGACCAGUUCGACGAGUCGGACCCGAAGGAGAAGACGAAGACGUGGAGCUUCUUCAACUGGUACUACUUCUGCAUGGGGGCGUCGAUACUGCUCGCUGUCACGGUUGUCGUCUACAUCCAAGACAACGUCGGGUGGGGAUGGGGACUGGGCGUGCCGACGAUUGCAAUGGGAAUAUCAGUCGUGUCCUUCGCCGCGGGCUACCCGAUGUACCGAAGGUUGGAGCCUUCAGGGAGCCCGUUCACUCGGCUGGCGCAGGUUGCGGUGGCCGCAGUGAGGAAGAGAAAGGUGGCCAUGGUCGCUGAUCCAAGCUGCCUGUAUGAGAACGACGACAUGGAUGCGCCCAUUUCUCUCUGUGGGAAGCUAGUGCACACCAAACAAUUAAGUUUCCUGGACAAGGCGGCGAUCGUCACCGCAGACGACCAAGCCACGGAGAACUCCGGCAGCCGGCCCAACCCGUGGCGUCUGAGCACGGUGCACCGCGUCGAGGAACUGAAGUCGGUGAUCAGGAUGGCCCCCAUUUGGGCCGCCGGUAUCCUCGUCAUCACGGCGUUCGCCCAGCAGAACACCUUCUCCAUCCAACAGGCACGCACCAUGGAGCGCCGCCUCUCUCCGCGCUCGGCUUUCAGUAUCCCCCCCGGCUCCAUGACAGUCUUCACCAUGCUCGCCAUGCUUCUCACCCUCUCCCUCUACGACCGCGCCAUCGUCCCCCUCGCCCGUCGCUUCACCGGCCUCCACCGUGGCAUCUCGUUCCUCCACCGCAUGGGAGUCGGGUUCGCUUUCUCCGCCGUGGCCACCCUCGUCGCCGGCUUCGUCGAGGUGCGACGCAAACGCGCGGCGGCGUCCCACGGUCUGCUCGACGACUCUGCCGCCACGAUCCCCAUCUCCGCCUUCUGGCUCGUGCCGCAGUACGCACUGAAUGGGAUCGCCGAAGCAUUCACGUCCGUUGGCCACCUCGAGUUCUUCUACGACCAGGCACCGGAGAGCAUGCGCAGUACGGCGACGGCACUGUUUUGGAUGUCGAUCUCGGCGGGCAGCUACUUCAGCACGCUGCUGGUGUCCAUGGUGCAUCGGUACAGCGCUGGGGAAGAUGGAUCCAAUUGGCUUCCUGAUAACCUUAACAGGGGAAGGUUAGAAUACUUGUAUUGGAUCAUCACGUUCCUUCAAGUACUGAAUCUGCUAUACUAUAUGAUCUGUGCGAAGUACUAUACGUUCAAACCAGUACAGUCCCGUCAGAGAACAGAUGAAGGGGCUGUGGAGCUCAAUAAUAAGGUAUAAGAUGCUUUCUACAAAUGUAUAUUUGAGCUUUAGCAAGGUGGGAAGAACUGUAUAUGUAAUCACGUAAUGCAGGUGUCCUUCACUGACAAAUUAUUACUUCCACUGCACUGCAAGAACAACAUCCAUCCAGCAGAACAGUCUUAACAAGGCUAGAUUGUAAUACCAAUGGGUGGGAUGUGAUUCGUAUGGGUCUUUUCAUGUAUGAAGGCUGUGAUCACCUCUCCCAUAGUUUCGAUAUUCCAUCCU